UCGGAGUAACCGCAUAGCCGCCGUUCUCGUCGAAGCCGGACAGUAUGGCUUCGGCUGCCGGUUCGUUCGCGUUAGUGGUGUUUGUCAACGGUGCUACAGUGCAUAGUUGGCGGCGGGUGUGCGUGCUCCGUUUUUUGCGAACGAAACACUGCACGUGAAACGUGGACGUACGUGGUGUAACAAGAUUGUCAACGGGACGACGAGGACGUGGGGCGAGAUUGACAAGAUACUCGACAGAGAUGCGGCGAAAUGUGAAAAUUGUGUUGCUGCUGUCAUGCGCGUGGAUGUCUGCCUUUGUUUACUACUAUCAUACAUCGCGAGACACAAAGAACGAAAACAGAGCCCUGCGACUGAAGGAGCCUGCAUCGUUGGCUCUCUCCGCCGGAAACUCCGGCAACUACGUGGACCCAGAUGGCACCGCCAUUGUGAUGUCAUCCGAGCUGCUACCUGCACCCACCCCGGAUCCAAGGGUGACGUGGAACUAUUUUGACGAGCAAGGAUAUGUUUCGAGAGGAGGAUUACGAGCAGGGGAGGAUCCAUAUGCUAGGAACAAAUUCAAUCAGGAAGCAUCCGACGGGCUUCCCAGCAAUCGUGAUAUUCCUGAUACGCGCAGUGCGAUGUGCCGAAUGAAACAGUGGAGAAGGGAUCUACCUCCAACCUCGGUGAUAAUUACCUUUCAUAACGAGGCGAGGUCGACAUUGCUCAGAACCGUCGUCAGCGUGCUGAACAGGAGUCCGGAACAUUUGAUCAAGGAAAUUAUACUGGUCGACGAUUUCAGUGAUCAUCCGGAGGACGGUGAAGAGCUAUCGAGGAUACACAAAGUGCGAGUGAUACGCAACGAAAAGAGGGAGGGUUUGAUGAGGUCGAGGGUGCGAGGCGCGGAUGCAGCCACCGCCACCGUGUUAACAUUCCUCGACUCGCAUUGUGAAUGCAACGCCGAUUGGCUAGAACCACUUCUGGAGAGGGUGGCUGAGGAUCCUACAAGGGUCGUCUGCCCUGUUAUUGAUGUCAUAAGCAUGGACACCUUUCAAUAUAUCGGCGCGUCAGCCGAUUUAAGGGGUGGCUUCGAUUGGAGUCUUGUGUUCAAGUGGGAAUACCUGAGCCAAACGGAAAGGCAGGCGAGGCAAAAGGAUCCUACGCAGGCGAUCAGAACCCCGAUGAUCGCCGGUGGCCUCUUCGUGAUCAACAAAGCGUAUUUCGAGAAAUUGGGCAAAUACGACACGCAGAUGGACGUGUGGGGUGGCGAGAAUCUCGAAAUAUCGUUCCGCGUGUGGCAAUGCGGGGGAAGCUUGGAGAUUAUCCCCUGCUCGCGUGUCGGCCACGUGUUCCGAAAACGUCAUCCGUACUCGUUCCCCGGAGGCAGCGGUAACGUUUUCGCGCGGAAUACGAGAAGGGCCGCCGAAGUUUGGAUGGACGAUUACAAACAAUUUUAUUACAACGCGGUGCCUUUAGCGCGUAACAUACCGUAUGGAAAUAUUCAAGACAGGAUGGAGCUGAAGCGGAAAUUGCAUUGCAAACCCUUCAGCUGGUAUCUGAAAAACGUGUAUCCAGAGCUGGUUAUACCGACCAGCGAGGGUGGACCCGGUGGAUCGUUGAAACAGGGGUCCGCGUGUCUGGACAGCAUGGGCCAUCUCCUCGAUGGAAAUGUGGGACUUUACCCGUGUCACGACACCGGUGGUAACCAAGAAUGGGGUUUGACGAAGGACGGUCUCAUCAGGCAUCACGGCCUCUGCCUAACCCUUCCUGUCUACGCGAAAGGCACGACGCUGUUAAUGCAGAUCUGCGACGGUAGCGAGAACCAGAAAUGGAGGCAUCUCGAGGGCGGUUUGAUCCGCCACUCGAGAAUUCCUGUGUGCGUGGACUCGAGAUACCACGCGCAAAAAGGUAUCACCGCAGAAAAGUGCGACUCGAACGCCGAAACGCAGAGGUGGCAUCUUUACAACCACAACCAUUAGCUUCCGAGUGUGACCGGUAGUGGCUCGUGAAGACAGCGGUGCCGUCGUCACUCACGAAGGGCCGAAGGGGUGCAAUAUUUGAUCAGAAGAAGAAGGGUCGACCUGAUAAGGGAAAACGAUCUAAUCGAUCCGAGAUCGAAGUUGCUCAAUCGGACCCGUAAAUGACGACUUCAAACAGGGGUUCGUUGUUACGAAAAGACCUUCUCCACGUGGCGCGUGAAGACGAAGAAACGAUUUAUAUAUUAUAGGAGAGUGAUAUAUCGAUUCAUAGUUUUAACGAGACUGUGCGUUGACAAAGAGAUUGCGGAGACAUGGAAUUGAAUUCCUGUUUUUUUUUUUUUUUUUUUUUGAGAUUUCGUAGAGAAAGAUCGUCUUUAUUUGCUAUUUUUUAAAGAAUGUGAUAAGAGAAUGUUUGAAGAAAAUCGAAGGUGUUUAUUAUACACACUCUUUGGAAUUGAUUUGUGAUGAAUGAGGAAUAUAGUCUACAUUUUGUUUGUUUUAUUUUAAUUAAUCGGCGAUAUGUAAUUGUAUGAUUGGAAGGAACGUCGAUGUCCUAGUCGAAUUCAUUUUGCAAGGAUUGUUUUCUAGAAGAAUAUUCAUUCCGGUGCAUUUACAUUGAUGAUCUCAAAUCGCGUAUAGAUUGCGAAACGAUUUCUCAGUUCAUUUACCGUUUAUAUUAUUUUGAAAUAAACAUCGAAGCGUUGAAAAAUUUUCGUUUAAUCGAUGCUCGAUCUCUUAUCGAAAAAUAACGAGCAUUGGUUCAACGAGAAGCAAACAAAACGAUUAAAAAUACGAUACCGAUUUUAUUUAACUUUUAUUUUCACGGCCUUAAGCGAAUGAUCGAAUAACGAAAAACGCUAUUUUCAAAUCGACUAUUCUUUCUUAGCCACACGUAUUCAGACACAUAGACAUACACAUGGUAUACGUGGCGCAUCGAUUUGUGUUAAAUCAUUGGUCGAUCGUGAUAUAUACGAAUCGGGUGCUUCUCGAUCCAAAGACAUGCGCUACCAUUCUCUCACAAAGAGAUUUAUUUUUCUAUAAAAAAAAAAAUUGUAUACUUACUUGGUUGUGCGAAUAGUUGAAAAUUAUGGAUGUGUUUGCCUCGCGAAGACUCAACGUGUUAUAGAACAGCGAUUACAUCAAUUGAUUUUUACUUUAUUUUUUUUUUUCUUUUCUUUUGCUUUCUAUCCAGUUCGUGGUGACAAAAUUCGUUUUCUUAGAGAAGAAUAUAUUAGAUGACUAAAUUGCCUACGACACGUUGAGUCUUUCCAAGGCAAAAAUAAAUGGAGCGAUUAUUAUACAGCAAUAUGUAGGCGAGAGAACGAUUUUUUGUACACUGAUACUAUUUUCACGACGACAAUGAUCCGACUGCCGUCAUCUCGCAUACGAUAUUUAACACACGUAUAUGUAUAUGUACACAGAAGUUACGCUAUCGAAAAUUAUUGUAAGCUUUUGUAUAAUACCGAACGCGCCCCUAAUCGCCUAUUUACACAUAUUCUUAGAUUUAAAAAUGCGAUGUACAUUCGAAGAAAGAUCGUUUCUAUUCUUAAAAACCGGUUAAGCUAAGCUAAUUAGACAGUAUCAUUCAGAUUUAAUCGUAUUUUCAACUGGUGCAAUUGUACAUAUGGGUUUAAAAGAUCUCUUUUAUUGACAAAUUCUUAUAAAUACGAAUAUUUCGAGCAAAUUUGGCUUAAAUUUUAUGAAUAAUCAUUCCGCUCUAUGCAUAAUAUCUUGAAUAGAUGCGAGAUAAUGAAUAUUAUUGCAUAGAGUGUAUUUUUAUCGCGCACUUCUCUUUUUAGUACGUAUUUUUAAUUCAAACACUCCGAUUUUAUCAUUCAAUUACAAAACGAAACGCUGUGAACAAUUUACACCUAACUUUUUUCCUAAUGGAAUUCUAUCAUGAAAUCCUAUAAUCGAACGGACAAAAUAAAUUAAAAAGAUAAUUAAAUAAUAAUACGGGGAACUCGUUUCUUUCGAAUUUUAGGUUCUCCCCAAAUCGACUCGCGAAUCGAUGUUGUAAAUAUUUAAAUGCGCGAUCAUAUUCAAUCGUCUGUCUCCCGUCCUAAGGCGUCUCUGAAUUAAUUCGAAGCGAAUACACGAUAUUAUUCGAGAUUUUUUUGCCACGAAUUCGCGAGCAACCAGGCAUAAUCGCGUGCAAUUGUAAAUAAUAUAUCUAUGAUAUAAGUUAUAAUAUAAAAAGCGUACUUCCAUGAAUUUAUAAGCUGUAAGAUAAACGAAACGGCAUUUAAAUGUUUAAGAUUACGUUGUACAUUAUCACGAAUACUUCCCUGAUUUUUCUAUUGCGACACGUUGAUCACUUUAUAUACGUUGAUUUUUUUAAAUAUUGUUGAACCCAAUUCUUUUUAAUUGCAAUUUGAUAUGUUAAUUUUAAUAAUGCAUUGAAGACUCGGUACGCGAAAAAGCAACGUUUUUGAGAUGAAUUUUUUUUUUAAUUUAAUUUAUUACAUGUACUUUUAAUUUAUUACAUUAUCCUUUGGAUAAUAAAACUACGUCGAAAUUAUAAUGAAUUUACAAUUUCUGCAAAUAAAAAUAAUCAUGGAAAUAAAAGAAAAUACAUACAUAUGAACGUUCGUUUUCGACUGAAUACCUGUCUUCAAGGUGUGCACGUUGAAUUUCUACGACUCUGUAUUUUGCAAAUGUAUCAUAUUAAAAAUCCAAACAGAAAUAUAUAUAAGUAUAUACAUUUUGUACAUACUUAUAUAUAUUUGUAUCUCGUACAUUAAGAACGCGAUAUUAUAACUCAUAGGAACAAAGUUUUUUAAUAAAACGAUGGAAUUAUUCCAAAGUUUAUGAAAA